AUGACUGCCCCGCUGCUCCGCUGGAAAAAGGACCGGGCUGCCACAACCUUCAUAGCCCAGCCAUUCCCCGGCCGUCACCGUCGAAGGUGCCGCCGGAAAUUGGUUCGUUUGACAGAUUCUUCGCCGGCCUUGUUCUCUCUCCUCCGGCCACCAAUUUCGACGCCUGAGGAUCGUGUAGGAUUCGACGGAUCGUGGAUCAAAGUCUCGGAUACUCCGAAAUUGCAAACCCUAGAUCUGAUUAGACGUCGUAGGUCGGUGACGACUACACCGAGUUCGGAGCCCCCGGCUCAGCCGGCAUCUACUGCGACUGCUCCAGCACUAAUGUACGAACUGCCAGAUGGUCCCGGGGUGUCCCAGGCUCCUGCGUCAUCAACUUCAUCAGUGGGGCAGCCCGUUAGCGCUAGGCGUUGGCACCGGCUCGCCAACACCACCGACACCACGUCGACCGACAGUACUGUUGCCUCGGGGUCUCAGCCAGAACACCUGAGGGCCGUAUCGGCAACUGAAGACGAUGAAGGUCACCCAGGUGACCAUAUCAGCAUCGAAUACGACGAGCGCCAUCGCGCUGCACCAACCGCGGAGUUGCGUAGCUCCUUGGCCCACGACAUUCGCCACGUCGUUCGGACCCAUUGCCUGAUGCAAUGGAAGUCUUGGAAGGUCAUGCCUGACGAGAUCAAGAUGGAGGUUCGCGGCCAGUUGUCGACGAGCUAUAACUUAGUGGACCUCGACGAGGAGUCGUUGGCGUACGUCAACAAACUCUUCGGUGAGAGGUACAAGCAGUGGAAGAGCGACUUGCACCGCCAUUUUUAG